GGUAUCACAUGUACUUCCGGGUGAGUGUCAUGGCGGCACCGUGAGAGCACCAUGGAUGUAUAACAAGAAGAGCACGUACUGAAAGAAACUCAAAGCCCGUCAUUACAGCAAACCAACCACAGUCCGCGUGCAGCAGCAGACUGCAGCCAUGCAUGUCAACGAGGCGUUGAAAUGGAACAAGAGGAUGUCUAUAGUGUACGCUGCCGGAGCCUGGAUUAUGGUCGGCUCUUACGCUUUCUACAGAUACACAGGCCGCCAUGACGACCUGCAAGUGCAAAAAGAAGAAGAGGUGCCGGUGCCAGAAGAUAACACUCAGCUAGUCUUCUUCACGGAUCACUCCAAAACGGUGGUGAUCUACAAAAAAGACUUUGUCCCCUACACCACAAGGAUCUAUAAUUAUAUCUCGUCCUUCAGCAAUCCUGGGAGAGACAAAUAGCUGCAUCAGUGCCAAAGGACCAUGUACACUGAACUUGUCAAGAGCAAGUUUUUAUAAUGCACUAUGAAUUGAUGCUUUUGUAUGGACAUUAUCUGUAUUUCAUUAAGAAAUUCCAGUGUUGUGCAGGGGUGAGGGAGCUGCAAAUUAGUUCUGAUGUCAAUGCUUUGUCCCCUGAUAUAUUUUUUAUGAUUCUGUCAACAAUAUUCAAUAUUUCUCCUGUCCGCUACAUCCAAAACAUUGUCAACAGAGUUGCCACAACUACUAAUAAACUAUGUUGUAAAAUGUAA